AUGUCGAUGCCCACCGCCGAAUCCGACGAGUCGCUCUCGGCGGCCUACGCUUCCAACUACGACAAUGCCUACGCCAGUCCGCAAUAUCAUCAGCAGCAGCAUCAUCAUUCAUCAGCUCAACAGCACAAGACGCAGCUGCAGCAGCUUCAGCAGCAAAACUCCACCUCGUCCAAUAACGCCGAAGUCGCGCCUGUCUCCUCGUCCGCGUCUAGCUCCAACGCUGGCCUGUCUCGCCAGGGCGGAAGUGUAGGCUCCUCUGGCUCGCAGUCGUACUACUCUUCGACCACCGCGAUACCACAGCAGCAGCAAGCGGCAGCCCACCCAUAUCCACCACAAUAUUCGAACUACCACCAGCUCCACCACCACCCGCAACACUACCCUUCUCCUCCAACUGGUGCCUAUCGGCCACCUCGUCACAUCAGCAGCAACUAUCCCGAACAAUCCCAUUCAGCCGCCUCCAUUUCUGCCAACGCUGCCAACGCUGCCGCCGCUCAUCUCGCCCCCACCGCCAUCUCUUCCACCAUGUACGCCCAGUCCAACAUCUCAAUGCCUGCGCUACGACCCGUCGGUGCAGAUCCUUCAGCUAGAGCUCCUCCUCUUGCAGAUGACUUUGGCGACUCGUUUGCCAAUAUGAACCUUUACGGUACGCCCAAGCUCGGUCCGCAGCGCUCCAAGUCGCCUGCCUACACUUCUGCUUCCGGUGAUGCAGCAGCGUCGACCAAGGGCAUCGCUAGCGCCGCCUCGGUCCGAGCCAAUGCCAUGUUUGCCAACCAGGAGAUCCAUCAGUCUGCUUCCGAAGUGCAACCCGAAAACUCGUUGGCUGCCAUCGCCGACCACAUUGAUCAGGCAGCCGCCGACCUCGAUCCAAAUGUCGCCGCUGGCUCAGCCUCCACGCCGUCGCAUAACGAUCACUCGAGCAGUCAUCACACCAUGGGUAGCAGCGCAUAUCACACCAACCAAUCCGGUGCAGGUGCAGGUUCCGGUGCAGGUUCAGGCGGUGGCGCACAUCCAGACUGGAAUCCUCAACACGUCACAGGCAGCAGCGCCAACCACGCCGCCUACGCAGGUCACUAUGGUUCCGGCGUACGACAGCAUUCGGCUCCCAGCGAACAUCCUCCUGGUGCUAGUGGUGGCGGGCAGUAUGCAGCCGGAUCCGCCGACGGUCAUGCUGCUGGUGCUGCGGAUGGAAAUCAGAUGUCGUGGGAUCCCAACGCUGCAGCUGCUGCGGGCUACUACGCCAAUCAGGGAGGAGCAGCGAAUGGUGCAGCGCCGCUCUAUCAUGCAUUUCAGCCUCAGGCUCUGCACUCGGCAGGCUAUCCCUUUUCUGCUCAAGCUGGUCACGCUCCCUAUGCAGGUGCAGGUGCAGCUACAGGUGCACCCUCAAACUACGAGUCGAACCCUUACUUUGCCGCUGCGUCGGGCUACCUCGGCUUCCCCGAAGGCGCUGCGCCGGGAUUUCCUCCCGGCGCGGACCCCUAUGGUGGCGCGGCGGGUGGACCUGGCAUGAUAGCCAUGGCGGGUGCAGGCGGCGUGCGUCCGAACAUGCUUUCUCGACAAGGAACCCAACUGUCCAUGAUGUCGACCAACUCGAACUCGCUCGCCGGCAUGGGCUCGACCAACCCACGUCGCAAAUCCAAAGAUGCAGCUCCUCAACAGACGCUUCCCUUCAACAAGUCGUUUGUCGCCGAAUAUCGACAGCGAAUGAAGGGCGAUCCCGAUCCGGAGGCGCAAUUUGCAUAUGCCAAGUACCUGAUCGAAGCGGCCAAAAAGGUGCACGAUCCGGCCGACGGACCAAAGCAGCAGCGCAAGUACCGGGAUACCCUCUUGUCGGAAAGUCUCAAGCUGAUCAAGCGUUUGGCGACAACUGGAAUGGGGCUGGGCAAGCCUCCGUAUGCGGAAGCGCAGUUUUUCCUGGCCAACUGUUUCGGCAACGGCAGUCUGGGGCUACAGGUGGAUCACGAAAAGGCAUACAAUCUGUACGUGCAGGCGUCCAAGCAGAACCACCCGGCUGCCACGUAUCGCACUGCGGUGUGCAACGAGGUAGGUGCCGGUACGCGACGCGAUCAUCACCGAGCGGUGCUGUUCUAUCGCAAGGCAUCGGCGCUGGGCGAUACGGCGGGGAUGUAUAAGCUGGGCAUGGUGCUGCUGAAUGGCAUGCUGGGUCAACCGCGCAAUGUGCGCGAGGCCAUUGUGUGGCUCAAGCGCGCAGCAGCGCAGGCGGACGAGGACAACCCGCACGCACUGCACGAACUCGGCCUGCUGCACGAAAAAGCGACAAAUGGCGUCGUCCUGCACGACGAGGCGUACGCGCGCGAACUGUUCACGCAAGCUGCACAGCUCGGCUACUCUCCGUCGCAGUUCAAGCUGGGUUCUGCGUACGAGUACGGCAAUCUGACGUGCCCGGUCGAUCCACGUCGCAGCAUAGCGUGGUACACGAAAGCAGCGCAAAAAGGCGACGGCGAGUCAGAGCUCGCGCUCUCCGGAUGGUAUCUCACAGGCUCCGAAGGCGUCUUGAAGCAGAGCGACAGCGAAGCGUACCUGUGGGCGAGGAGGGCGGCCACCAAAGGGAUCCCCAAGGCCGAGUAUGCGGUCGGCUACUACUCAGAAGUGGGCAUCGGCGUCGCGGCGAAUUUGGACGAGGCGAAACGGUGGUACAUGCGUGCCGCCGCUCAGGGCAACAAGAGGGCAAUGCAGAGGUUGACCGAACUGAAAAAGUUGAAGGGCGGCAUGGGCAAGAAGGGCGCCAGACCGACGCGCAAAGAUGCCGAAAAGGAAUGCGUGGUUAUGUGA